CCGACGCAAAGGCGGAAGUGCUCUCUCGGAGUGGGAGGGGCUAGUGACUAGCGUGGCGUCACGUCCGCGCGAGAGCGAUACGCAACGCAGGAGAGUACGUGCAGUGGAGUGCGAGCGUGAGAGGAUGGAGGCCGCAGAGCAGCAGCGGAGCUCGAGUGACGGCGCGGCCGCCAGAGGAGCGGGAGUCCCGGGCAGCGGAGGCGGAGCAGGGUCGGGGGGAGGCGCGGAAGGCGAGCGGGACAGAGAUCGAGCCACCUUCGAGUGCAACAUCUGCCUGGACACCGCGCGAGACGCGGUCAUCAGCCUCUGCGGACAUCUGUUCUGUUGGCCGUGUCUUCAUCAGUGGCUGGAGACGCGUCCCAGCACACAGCAGUGUCCCAUGUGUAAAGCAGGAAUCAGUCGAGAUAAAGUCAUUCCUCUGUACGGCCGCGGCAGCACCAGCCAGGAAGACCCCAGAUUGAAAACACCACCACGACCUCAGGGUCAAAGGACAGAACCAGAGAGCAGAGGAGUGUUUCAGGGUUUUGGUGACACAGGGUUUCACAUGUCUUUUGGAAUCGGGGCUUUUCCGUUUGGUUUUUUCACCACAGUCUUUAACACCAACGAUCCUUUUCAAAGACGAGAUCCUCAUUACGGAGGAGAUCAUCAAGCCGACGGCAACCCCAACAACGGCAACAACUGGCAGGACUCGCUCUUCCUCUUCCUGGCCAUCAUCUUCUUCUUCUGGAUGCUGAGCGUGUGACGCCUGCGAUUGAAGCGACAAGAUCAGCUGUCUGUGUCUCAUAUACACACACACUCACAUACACACAUCAGUGUUGAGAGAGACAGUAUUAAUGAUUAAACAC